GGAUAACGACUCUGGGGAAAUGACAGGAGCUACAAAUGUUAGAAGUAUUUUUGGUCCUCGCAAAUUGAAGCACGAUAUAGUAAAGUUCGUGGAUCCGCCUCAAUCAGUGAAUCAGGAAACGAGCAUACGAAAUGCGGAAAUUCUCAGCGAAGUCAAGGGAGGCUACCUCAAGUUUUGGAUCACUGGGUAUGGAUUGAAGAGUGAAAGAGGAUUUCAUACUUCUAGUCUUAGGAUUCAGCGAAAAAGAGACUAUUAUGAGGUUUUGGGUAUCCCACGGAAUGCAUCACAAAAGGAAAUCAAGAAGGCAUACUAUCAGCUAGCCAAGAAAUACCAUCCAGACACAAACAAGGGAGAUCCUGAGGCAUCAAAAAAAUUCCAAGAUGUGUCAGAGGCUUAUGAGGUACUUAGUGAUGACACUAAGCGGAGGGAGUACGAUUCAUGGGGCUCAACCCGAGAACAGAUGGGCAUGGGUGGUAGAAGUACUGGUGGUGGUGGUGGCCAUGGGGGUGACCCCUUUAGAGGAUGGAAUUUUCAAUCCUCUGUUGAUCCAGAAGAACUAUUCCGAAAGAUUUUUGGAGAUGCAGGAUUCCGCAUGGGCUUUCCUGGUUCUGAGGAUUUUGCAGAAUCUAACUUUGGGUUUGGAUCUGCUCAGGAGGUCCUUGUGAACCUUACAUUCCAGGAAGCAUCUCGUGGGGUUAACAAAGACAUUCAAGUUAAUGUAGUUGAUGUCUGUCCCCGAUGCAAAGGAACAAGGGCAGAACCUGGGACAAAGGGCCCAUUUGUGAUGCGAUCAACAUGCAGGCAAUGCCAUGGAACUAGAGUCCACAUCAAAUUCCCUUGUGUGGAAUGUGAGGGAAAGGGGAGCACAGUUCAGAGGAAAUCCAUCACAGUUCCUGUUCCUGCAGGAGUGGAAGAUGGACAGACUGUGCGGAUGCCUGUUGGAAAGAAAGAGAUUUUCGUAACAUUCCGUGUGGCCAAGUCAGAUUAUUUCCGUCGAGAUGGUUCAGACAUUCACACUGAUGCCAACAUCAGCAUUGCUCAAGCCAUCUUAGGUGGCACCAUACGAGUUCAAGGCCUCUAUGAAGACCUUGCGAUCAAUGUUCCUGCUGCGACAUCCUCCCACACAAGGAUUCGAGUAGCUGGAAAAGGUGUGAAAAGAGUGAAUUCUUAUGGUUAUGGAGAUCAUUACAUUCACUUGAAGGUGAAGGCUCCCAGCUCCUUGACUGCUGAACAGAAAGCAUUGAUCACUGCAUAUGCUGAAUUAGAAACUGACACCCCUGGAUCUGUGCAUGGCAUUACCACUACACACUCAGGGUCUGGGAAGAAGCAGGCACAUGCAGGGGCAGAAGGGAUUAAUUUCAAAGAGGAAACCAAGGAAGAGCCAAGUGCUGGGAUCCUCUCACGCAACAAGAAAUCAGUGACAGAGACAGAGAAGCUAAAGCUCCUUCGUCUGGUGCUAGCAGGUAAUUAUGAAGAGUUAGAACAAUACCUGGAGGGGCUGGAGUCAGACAAGAACAGAGACAGUGGUGGUUGACCCAUGCUGUGUCUUUCAGUGGUGAUCAAAACUCUUCCUUUGUGCCUCUCAGUGUUUUUGUUGUCAUUCUCUGUGAGUAGUAUGCAAGAGGAAUACAAAGUCCUGAUGUGAUACAUCACA